UUGUCGUAUUCCAGUUUAGCUCUUCAUUUCGUACACACUUCCUUCCCUUUCCAGCUUCUGCAACACUUCCCAGUUUUCCCUUGCGUGAAAACCGUGGAAGUUGGAGAAGACGAGAAGUUAUAGCCGGAGAACACACGCAACAUGGAAUUCCAAGCUUCGUAUCUCCGACACACAACCCAAAACCGAACGCAAACCAAGAAAUCCGCUUCCACAAAAUUAUCAAAAUGUUUUCCCUCCUUUCCUCCCAGUCUCCGCCAAGCUCCGCCGCCGUAGCCAACCCGGGAAACAUGUCCGACGUUUCUCGCCGGUCCCUGACCAGAACGAGCAUCCACAUAAUGGCCUUGGACAACGUCGUCAAUGUCAACUCCCUCUUCACCCUAGCCCUCUUCCUCGGCCUCAGCUGGUACCCAACCACCGACCCCCGAACCACUCUCAUCGGCGCGGCCGCCAGCUCCUCGGCCUGUUUCGCCGGUGCCGAGGUCGCCGAGGGCCUCAUUUCCUUCCACGUCUACUCCUUCAGCUCCUUCCUGUUCUCCAGCCUCGUUGCGCUGGCCCUGAAGCAGACGAUCAAGAUCGGCGAGGUCGUUUCGAGCGGCGAGGCUUUUGAGCACCACCUAGGGCACGUCAAUAGGGUAGCGCUGAGGUCGGGGAUGGUGGUUUCGGCUCUCGGAUCGGUGUUUGGGUGCGGAUUUCUGAUGAUGGCGCUUGUCGAUUUGGUUCAGAUCAAGCUAGGGGUUUUGGCCUGUGGAGGUUUGUAUACCUUCUCUGCGGUUGUUCCUCUGGUGGUUUUGGUCCCUUUGGGGCUCGUCAUCUACCUUUUUCUCGUCCUUCAUGCUUUUACUCGCUAGUGAUGUAAAAGGAGUUCUUCUUCGUGAGUGACAUUGGCUUCAAAUGUGUUUUGCUUGGUGUAUACUAAAAGGUGUAGAAACUUAAAUAGGCCAAAUUGAGCUGCCAAGUCAAAGGACAUUUUUGUGCUGCCCAUGCAAGUCUUCCUGUUCAUUUUAUAAGCAGUUCUUCCACUGAGAUUAUCGAUGUCUGGGGCUUUUCUUUCUUGAACUU